AUGUCUACGGCUAUGAACUUCGGGACUAAAAGCUUCAAGCCGAGGCCACCAGACAAAGGCUCUUUCCCUUUGGAUCAUUUCGGUGAAUGUACAGCAUUCAAAGAAAAAUUCAUGAAGUGUCUGAAGGAAAAUAGGUUUGAGAAUGCUUUGUGCAGACAGGAAUCAAAAGAAUAUUUAGAAUGCAGAAUGGAGAGGCAACUUAUGUCCAAAGAACCACUGGAAAAGUUGGGAUUUAAAGACCUAACAGAAGAGAAAUCAGAAACCCAACCUAAGACAUUGUAAUGAAGAGAAAGGAAAAGGGAGAAAAUCCUGACCAUCUCUUAUGGAAAGCAGCAAAUCUUCAGUAGUACAUAUUGUGCAUUGUAUAUUUCAAAUGUGAUUGCAACAUGAAGUGCGCCUUCAAAGAAAAUGCUGUAACUGUUGGCCAAAUAGAAGAGUUACAGUGCAAACCUAUAUGCUGUCUACUCAACAAUAAGUCUCAUUGAGUUUAAUGGGGCUUACUCUCAAAUAAGG